AUGCCCUUCAUCACCCUAAACCAAAAAUCAAUCUUCUACACCCUCACCCCGCAAACUGAAAAUCUCCAGAAGCCGGUAACCACGUUGUUCAUCCACGGGCUCGGUUCCUCGUCUACUUUCUACCAUACUGUUAUUCCCUCCCUCUCUGGCGUCUCAACAUGCAUUGCUCUGGAUACACCCGGAUCCGGGUUAUCUUCUCUAGGCGAUUCGAAUUCGCCACAAACUGUAGCGUCGAUUGUCGAUGAUGCAAUUGCACUUCUCGAUGCACUUUCCGAAACAGCAGUUAAGGGAAAAGUCUGGGUGGUGGGCCACUCGAUGGGUGGGAUUAUUGCGUGUGAGCUUGCUAUUAGAUACGCACAAAGAGUUGAGGGGUUGGUUUUGAUAGGACCUGUGGUUCCAAGUCCAGUUUUAACGGAGGUGUUUGGGAAGAGGAUUGAAACGGUUAGUAAAGAUGGACUUGAACCGCUCGCCAAUUUGAUACCAGAGGCUGCAACGGGUGCUCAAGCUUCGUCUACCCAGAAAGCUUUUAUCAAAAGUUUAAUCCUCGGGACUAGUACUCAGGGCUACAUAUCAUCAUGUGAAGUUAUUGCCUCGGCUAGUAGACCGAAUUAUGCUAAAAUUGACGUACCGAUGAUGGUUCUGGCUGGAAGUGAAGAUAAGACAGCGUCUUAUGAAGGGUGUAAGAUGAUUCAUGAUGAAGCGGGUGUGAGUGCACAGAAGAAAUGUGUUAGGGUUCUUCCAGGGGUCGGCCAUUGGCAUGCUAUUGAGGCGCCGGAAUCUGUGGCAAAGGAGUUUACGGAAUUUGUUGAUAGUAUCAAUAAUUAAGUGUAGUUAUAUGGGACAGGGAAUCAAGAAUGGCGGUCCUAGCACGCCUUGUCCAGUUCAGUUUGGUUUGAUAUCUUGCGAAUUAUCUUUUGCAAUGUGUCAUUGCGUAGAAUAGUACGAUCAAGCUGGUUGCAGAGCCAGGAUUGGGGAAACUUUGUUGCAUUUCUUUCAUGCGUCAUUCUAAUUACUGGCUGGAUGCUGCAGUAGAUCUGAAAAUGAGACUCGUUGUGCUGGAGAAGGAAG